AUGGCCGUUCUCAGCAAGCUGCUGCCUGUGGCAGCCGUUAUGUUCGGUUGCGUGAAUCCCGCUACCGCUUUAGCUGUUCCUGAGCGUGGGCAGAGAUGGGACGUCCAUUACCACGUAAGCCUUAACUCUCGUUUGAACUCGAAGGGUUUCCCCCCGAUGCCGCAUGAGGCUGGUAGAAAUGCAUCGGCAGUUCUAGCGGAGCGAGGGGAGGAACACGACGCCGAUUGUGACUGUCAAGUUCACACAGUCAUAUUGACGCAGAAGGAUUACGACCGGAUUCAGAGUGAGGGUGAAGGACAUCCAAGCCCGUCUACUCAUGGAAAGACUAGUGAAAACGGCAACCAUAACGAGAGAGGCGGGAGUGGAGAGUACAAGGAGAGUGCAAAGUACUACAGCGAGAAUGGUACGAGUGGAGAGUACAGGGAGAGUGCCAAAUACAGCGACAAUGGUGCAAGUGUAGAGCAUAGAGCGAGUGGAAAGUAUGGAGGAAGUGGAAACCACUACGAGAAUGGAACUUAUGGAGGAAGUGGAAACCACUACGAGAAUGGAACUUAUGGAGGAAGUGGAAGAUACGAGGAGAACGACAACUAUGGCGAGAGUGGAAGAUACGAGGAGAACGACAACUACGGCGAGAGUGGAAGAUACGAAGAGAUUGGCCAGCAUGGAGAGAUUGACAAUUAUGGUGGAAGAUACAAAGAGGUUGGAAAGUAUGGAGCGAAUGGAAACCACGGAGAGAACGAAAAAUACGGAGAGAAUGGCAAUUACGGCGACAAUGGAUAUUACGGCAAGAAUGUGGAUGGCAUAGCCGACCAAGGCCCUCCAGGCCCUCCAGGCCCUCAAGGUCCUCCAGGUCCUCCAGGCCCCCAGGGCAAUCGUGGUCCCCAAGGUUAUACAGGCACCAAGGGUGACCAGGGUACUCAAGGACCUCAAGGUCUAACUGGUUCUCAAGGCCCCGCGGGCAGUCGUGGUCCCCAAGGUUUUACAGGCCCCAAGGGUGACCAGGGUAUUCAAGGGUUUCCAGGUGCAACUGGUUCUCAAGGCCCCCAGGGCAAUCGUGGUCCCCAAGGUUUUACAGGCCCCAAGGGUGACCAGGGUAAUCAAGGGCCUCAAGGUCUAACUGGUUCUCAAGGCCCCGCGGGCAAUCGUGGUCCCCAAGGUCUUACAGGCCCUGCUGGCCCUACUGGAGCAGAUGGUGCUGUAGGCCCUGUUGGCCCUGUUGGCCCUGUUGGCCCUGUUGGCCCAGCUGGAGCAGAUGGAGCAGAUGGUGCUGUAGGUCCUGCUGGCCCUGCCGGCGCGGAUGGUGCUGUAGGUCCUGUUGGCCCUGUUGGCCCUGUUGGCCCAGCUGGAGCAGAUGGAGCAGAUGGUGCUGUAGGUCCUGCUGGCCCUGCCGGCGCGGAUGGUGCUGUUGGUCCUGUUGGUCCUGCCGGCGCGGACGGUGCUGUUGGUCCUACCGGCGAUGCCGGUCCUGAAGGUCCCAUUGGCCCAGCUGGUCCCGCCGGCGCAGAUGGAGCUGUAGGUCCUGCCGGUCCUGUUGGUCCGACCGGCGAUGCUGGUCCCGAAGGCCCUGCCGGCGCGGACGGUGCUGUAGGCCCUGUAGGCCCUGCCGGACCUGCCGGCGAUGUUGGUCCUACUGGCGAUGCCGGUCCUGAAGGUCCUGCUGGCCCAGCUGGUCCUGCUGGCGCAGAUGGAGCUGUAGGUCCAACUGGAGCAGACGGAGCAGACGGAGCAGAUGGAGCUCCUGGCCCUGCCGGCCCUGCCGGCCCUGCCGGUCCCGCCGGCGCAGAUGGUGCUGUCGGCCCUGAAGGUCCUAUUGGCCCAGCUGGAGCAGAUGGAACAGAUGGAGCAGACGGAGCCGUUGGCCCUGCUGGUCCCGCCGGACCUAUAGGACCUGCAGGCCCAGCUGGAGCAGAUGGAGCUGUAGGUCCUGCCGGCCCUGCCGGCGCAGAUGGUGCUGUCGGACCUGUAGGUCCUGCCGGUCCUGUUGGUCCGACCGGCGAUGCUGGUCCCGAAGGUCCUGCCGGCGCGGACGGUGCUGUAGGCCCUGCUGGCCCUGCCGGGCCUGCCGGCGAUGUUGGUCCUACUGGCGAUCCCGGUCCUGAAGGUCCUGCUGGCCCUGCCGGCGCGGACGGUGCUGUAGGCCCUGCUGGCCCUGUAGGCCCUGCCGGCGAUGUUGGUCCUGCUGGCGACGCCGGUCCUGAAGGUCCAGCUGGCCCUGCCGGCGCGGACGGUGCUGUAGGUCCUGCUGGCCCAGCUGGAGCAGACGGAGCAGAUGGAGCAGACGGAGCUGUUGGCCCUGCUGGCCCCGCUGGCCCUGCCGGCCCUGCUGGCCCUGCCGGCGCAGAUGGAACAGAUGGAACAGAUGGAGCUGUUGGCCCCGCUGGCCCUGCUGGCCCUGCUGGUGCAGAUGGAGCUGUCGGUCCUGCUGGCCCUGCUGGCCCUGCCGGCGCAGAUGGAACAGAUGGAGCAGAUGGAGCUGUAGGUCCUGCUGGCCCUGCUGGCCCUGCUGGCGCAGAUGGAGCUGUCGGUCCUGCUGGUCCCGCCGGUGCAGAUGGAGCUGUCGGUCCUGCUGGCCCUGCUGGUCCUACCGGUCCUACCGGUCCUCAAGGUCCUCAAGGACCGCAGGGUGAUAUUGCCGACUAUGAUUAUCUUAGCUGCUUUACGUCGCCCGGUGACUCAACGAAUGGCCUGGCGGCACCCUUUGCCACUUUCGUCGAAACAGUUUCUAUUGAUGACUGCGCCACCCAGUGCGCUACGAUCCGUCCUGGUAACCCUGCCCUGUACUUCUCACUGGCAACAGUAGCUGGAGAUUCCGUCUGCUCAUGCGGAGACGCGCUUGCGGCCGAUGCUACCGCUAACGACGGCCAUAACAUAUGCAAUACGCAAUGCACUUUCACGGGUCAAAGCGGUCGCCCAGUCUUUUGUGGUGGCGCAGGCGUGGUAUCCGUCUUUGCUUCAGUUUAGGUUCAGGUCGUAGAUGGACUUCAAGCAAUAGCCCUAAUAUUUCCAGUCUUUGCCUAGUAGCGUGUUAGUCUACGUCAAAUACAUGUACGAUGAGGGAGAAUACGUUGUCUUUUGAAUGUG